GGGGGGGGCGGAGUGACUUGAUGUCAUCCUGAGCAGCUGGGCGGCGGGUGCCGGUGCGCUCAGACCCGGGGCUCCCGCAGCGCCGCGCCGCUUCGGGUCCCACGACUUGAGGAGAGGUCCGCGCGCUGCCCGGGCCAGCUCAGAGCCCGCCGGACGCCCGUGCCCCGACCCGGGGCUGAGCUGGGGGCAUGCUCCGGGCCCCCCGGAGCCCGAGAGAGAACCUCGGAGCGCCGCCGCCCAGCGCCAGCGCCUGGAGCGAAACCUCUGCGAAGGAGCCCUGAACCGCUGCCCCCCUCCCCACCCGCAGCCCCUGGGUAAGGGGACCAAAGUCUGGGCUUCUGAGAAAGGGUGGGAACCCUAACUGGACUCUUCAGGACCCCCUGGAAGGACCUGAGGCCUGAGCCGUCUUCCUCUCUACCCUGCCUGCCCCCCAGGACUGGGCAGUUGCCGAGGGCCUGGGGGGGGGCAGGCAGGACUGUCAUUGUGCCCCCCCCAUGCCCCACAGGAUGGGCCCAAGUUAGCUCCACCUCACUCAGCAUCUCCAGGCCCAAAGGGAACCCAGGGGACUGAACGCUUGACCUGCUGCCUGGCCACCAUGGAGACGAAGCUGCCCCCUGCAAGCACUCCUACCAGCCCCUCUUCCCCGGGGCUGUCACCUGUGCCCCCACCCGACAAGGUAGACGGCUUCUCCCGCCGAUCCCUCCGCAGAGCCAGGCCCCGGCGCUCCCAUAGCUCCUCUCAGUUCCGCUAUCAGAGCAACCAGCAAGAGCUCACUCCACUACCCCUGCUCAAAGAUGUGCCAGCCUCUGAGCUGCACGAGCUGCUGAGCCGGAAGCUGGCCCAGUGCGGAGUGAUGUUUGACUUCUUGGAUUGUGUGGCUGACCUGAAGGGGAAGGAGGUGAAGCGAGCAGCGCUCAAUGAGCUGGUGGAGUGUGUGGGGAGCACCCGGGGCGUCCUCAUUGAGCCUGUCUACCCAGACAUCAUCCGCAUGAUCUCAGUGAAUAUCUUCCGGACCCUGCCACCCAGUGAGAACCCUGAAUUUGACCCUGAAGAGGAUGAGCCCAACCUUGAACCUUCGUGGCCACAUCUGCAGCUGGUAUAUGAGUUUUUCCUGCGUUUCUUGGAGAGCCCAGACUUCCAGCCCUCUGUGGCCAAGAGAUACGUGGAUCAAAAGUUUGUCCUGAUGCUCCUGGAGCUAUUUGACAGUGAGGACCCCCGGGAGCGUGAGUACCUCAAGACCAUCCUGCACCGGGUCUACGGCAAGUUCCUGGGGCUCCGGGCCUACAUCCGCAAACAGUGCAGCCACAUCUUCCUCCGGUUCAUCUAUGAACUUGAGCACUUCAAUGGUGUGGCUGAGCUGCUGGAGAUCUUAGGAAGCAUCAUCAAUGGCUUUGCACUGCCCCUGAAGACCGAGCACAAGCAGUUCCUGGUCCGGGUCCUGAUUCCCCUGCACUCUGUCAAGUCACUGUCUGUCUUUCACGCCCAGCUGGCAUACUGUGUGGUACAGUUCCUGGAGAAGGAUGCCACCUUGACAGAGCACGUGAUCCGGGGGCUGCUCAAAUACUGGCCAAAAACCUGCACCCAGAAGGAGGUGAUGUUUCUUGGGGAAAUGGAAGAGAUUCUUGAUGUCAUUGAGCCCUCUCAGUUUGUGAAGAUCCAGGAGCCCCUCUUCAAGCAGGUGGCCCGCUGUGUGUCCAGCCCCCAUUUCCAGGUUGCAGAGCGGGCUCUGUAUUUCUGGAAUAAUGAGUAUAUCCUGAGCCUCAUUGAGGACAACUGCCACACUGUGCUGCCUGCUGUCUUUGGGACCCUCUACCAAGUCUCCAAGGAGCACUGGAAUCAAACCAUUGUAUCUCUGAUCUACAAUGUGCUCAAGACCUUCAUGGAGAUGAACGGGAAGCUGUUCGAUGAGCUCACAGCCUCCUACAAGCUGGAGAAGCAGCAGGAGCAGCAGAAGGCCCGGGAGCGUCAGGAGCUGUGGCAAGGCCUGGAGGAGCUACAGCUACGACGGUUACAGGGGACCCAGGAGGCCAAGGAGGCCCCCCUCCAGCGGCUCACACCCCAGGUGGCUGCCAGUGGGGGUCAGAGCUAGAGAUACCCCAAAAGGGGAGGAGCUAAACCCAGAGCUGUCAGUCCCUCCAUCCCCUCUCCUGCCCGGGGGGCCUAGAACCUACCCCUGGCCUUGCUAGAGUGGGCUUGGAGGGCUCCGUGCCUGGCCCAGUGUGGGCAGCUUUCACUGUGGGGAGAGGAGGAGAGAUGGUGGCCCUAUCAACAGAACUCUCAAGCCCUGUGGCAGGACUUGACUAGAGCCAACUUGACCAGGAAGCUGCCAUUGGGGAUCUGCCCCUGCCCCACCAAGCUGGGCUCCAGAUUGCAGGCAGGUCCCCCCCACUGCUCCUGGCCUAGAGCAGGGGGACUCGGCCCCUUGCCCGCUCCGCUGCGUGCCAGCACGAGGUCCUUCCUCACCCCACCAUGGGGUCCAUGAGCUAUUUAUUCCCCACCCCUCCGCCCACCCCCAACACAGACGCUGUCCUGGGCCUGGAGCACCUCCUUCCCUCCCCGCUCUCACCCUGUACUUCCUUGUCCCCUUUUUAUUUAUUGGGCAGGGGGAGGGGUGAGGGCACAGGCAGAAGAGAUUCCCUAUGUCCUGGGGCAAGGUGGGGGUGGUCACAGUCACCAUGGUCUGUCCCCCUGCCCC